GUUUCCCCACUUUACAUUUUUUUUCUCACCCUCCACUGCCUUCCCCUCUCUCUCUUUCUGUCCAUUGUGUAUUUUAUUUCUCCACUCUCUCUCUUCUCUUCUGGCAAUCAGUUCCAUCCACUUACACAUCAUGUCUGCCUUCAUGCUGUCUGCUAACAGAGCAGCGCUUCGCAUGCGCUGGGGAACAUCUGUCAACCCAAUUUCAAGGACUCCUUUCCGUUGGUACACUACAGAAAUUGAGCGCAAGCCUUUAUUUGACAAGAUCCUCAUUGCCAACCGUGGUGAAAUCGCUUGCAGAAUCAUGAAAACUGCUAAAAAGCUUGGAAUCAAGACAGUUGCAGUCUUCAGCGAUGCUGACAGGAAUGCUCUUCAUGUUAAAAUGGCGGAUGAGGCCUACAAUAUCGGACCAGCGCCUUCUGCCGAGAGCUAUUUGAAGGUUGAUAAAAUUAUUGAGAUUGCAAGAAAAAGUGGAGCACAGGCCAUCCAUCCUGGCUAUGGUUUCUUGUCCGAGAACCCUGGAUUUGCGGAUCGCCUAGCCCAAGAGAAGAUCACCUUCAUUGGACCCCCUGCCAGUGCCAUGACCUCCAUGGGAUCAAAGAGCGAGUCCAAAUUCAUUAUGGAAGCUGCCAAGGUCCCCGUUGUCCCUGGAUACCACGGCGAUAACCAGGAUGUUGCUUUCCUGAAGGCCGAAGCAGACAAGAUCGGAUACCCUGUCUUGAUCAAAGCUAUCAAGGGUGGUGGAGGAAAGGGUAUGCGUAUCGUCGAGACCCCUGAAGAUUUCGAGAUCAUGUUAGAAAGCUCAAGACGUGAGGCCAUGAAGUCAUUUAGUGAUGAUAAGGUUCUCAUUGAAAAAUACUUGGUCACUCCUCGUCACGUUGAAGUCCAAGUAUUUGCAGAUACCCUCGGAAAUGCCGUCUACCUCUUUGAGCGCGAUUGCAGUGUUCAGCGAAGACAUCAAAAGAUUCUUGAGGAGGCUCCUGCUCCUGGUCUUUCAGAAGAGCUUAGACGUGAGCUGGGUGAGAAGGCUGUGGCUGCAGCCAAGGCCGUCAACUAUGUCGGUGCAGGGACAGUCGAGUUCAUCAUGGAUAACACAGAUCAAAAAUUCUACUUUAUGGAGAUGAAUACACGUCUUCAGGUUGAGCAUCCUAUCACAGAGAUGAUUACAAACACCGAUCUUGUUCAGUGGCAGCUCGAGAUCGCUGCCGGAAACAGGUUGCCCAAGCUUCAGGAAGACCUCAAGAAGGACGGCUGGGCUUUCGAAGCUCGUAUUUAUGCUGAGAACCCUGCCAACAACUUCUUGCCCGAUGUCGGUCCUCUGUUGCAUGUCAAGACUCCUGAUGCUUCUGAGAGUGUGCGUCUGGAAACUGGCUUUGUGCAAGGAGAUGAGAUUUCGGUUCACUACGACCCCAUGAUUGCCAAAUUGGUUGUCCAUGGUGAAAACAGAACUGCUGCCCUUCGUAUCUUAAGAAAGGCCUUGAGCGAGUAUGAGGUUGUAGGACUGAACACCAACAUUGAGUUCUUGAAGACCCUUGCUGCUCAUCCUGCAUUCAUUGCUGGAGAUGUUGAGACUGGAUUCAUCAAGAAAUACGAGAGCGAUAUGUUCAAGCCGGCUCCUCCCCUUGAUCCUGCCACAGUCGCUCAGGCCUCGUUGUCUAUGGUGCUGAGGGAUUUAGAGGCUUCAAAGCAGGCUGCCUUGGCUGCUGAGGACGCAACCUCACCAUUUACUCUCAACUCUGGAUUGCGCUUAAAUCAACUGAGCGAGCAGAACUUGGCAUUCAAACUCGAGGAUCAGGAUGUAAAAGUCGCUGUCGAGUUCAACAGAGAUGGAACCUACAAUGUUCGUGUACAGACUCCCAACAAGACCACAGUCUUUAAUAAGGUCAUGGCCAAGUUAGCCGGUGAGAGUAGUAUCCUUGCCGAGAUUGAGAAUCGUCGUUACAAGACCAGUAUUGUUCAGGAAGGUGAUCAGGUCGUAGUCUUUGCAGAGGAGGGCAAGGUCACAUUGGAUAUUCCUCAGCCCAAAUUCUUGACAGUUGGCAAGGAGGAGAAGGCUGGAAGUUUACGCACACCCAUGCCCUGCAAGAUUUCACAAGUCAUGUGCAAACCUGGCGAUAAGGUCAUCAAGGGUCAGAAUUUGGUCAUUUUGGAAGCUAUGAAGAUGGAGCAUGUCAUCAAGUCGCCUAUUGACGGUGUUAUCUCUCAUGUGUACUUCAACGUUGGUGAAAUGGUUGCAGAGAACAAGUCACUUAUUGCAUUCGAAGAAGCUGAAGGCGCCAAGGAGGCAUAACUAUGAAAAAGAGUCGAGUUUUGAGUACGUACAUACUAUGUGAUUUAGAUAAAACUUGGGAAAUCAUCGAUCUAGAAUUUGGAACUUCGUAAUAAACAACACAACGCAUAAGUAUAUAUACAAAGG